CCCGGGACCAGGGUUGGCGGUGUGCACGGCGGCUGCCGGGUGACUGUGCUUUGCCCUGUGGCCCUGCUGCGGAAGUUCGCGCCCUUGGCGCUUUCUUCUUUUCUCGGAGAGCGUGGGAUGUGGUAAUGCCUGCCAGACUUCUCAAAGCCCUGGCCAGAUCCCACAGUGUAUUAUCAAAAGUACAUCAGUGCCGAAGACUUGUUCAUCUAACGUUAAAACCGAUCAAGGAACUUGAGGAUACAAUAUGCAGCAACCCCUUGACAGUACACCAAAACUUGGAUUCAUUCUUUCCUGUUGUAGCAGCUGGUGGUUUGAAUGAGCCCCAGAUCCUGGAAAUGAACUGGAAAAUAUCAGAUACAACCAAACUCUGUCCAUUAAAUACUGUACAUUGCCAGGAUGAGAAAGCAGGUCUUCCAUCCAUGAAAUCGUAUCCUGCUCACAGGAAGGGGACCCACAAACCUAAUCUAUUGGGUUCUAAGUGGUUUAUAAAAAUAUUAAAGAGGCAUUGUUCAUCUACUUCAACUGAAACAGUUGUUCCAAAGCAAGACUUUCCACAGAUGAAGAGACCACUGAAAGCAUCCAGGACCAGGCAGCCAUCCCGGACCAACCUUCCAGUUCUGUCUGUGAGCGAGAACCUGAUGCACUGCACAGCAUUUGCCACAGCAGACGAGUACCAUCUGGGAAAUCUGUCUCAAGAGCUGGUCGCCCAUGGAUACAUUGAAGUAACAAGCUUGCCUAGAGAUGCAGCAAAUAUUUUGGUGAUGGGUGUGGAAAGUUCUGCAAAAGAAGGUGAUCCUGGAACAAUAUUCUUCUUCAGGGAAGGAGCUGCUGUGUUUUGGAAUGUGAAAGAUAAAACUAUGAAGCAUGUAAUGCAAGUUCUGGAGAAACAUGAAAUUCGGCCUUAUGAGAUUGCAUUGGUACACUGGGAAAAUGAAGAGCUUAACUACAUAAAAAUAGAAGGUCAGUCUAAACUUCACAGAGGGGAAAUCAAUUUAAAUUCGGAGCUGGAUUUAGAUGAUGCCAUUCUAGAGAAGUUUGCUUUCUCCAAUGCCCUUUGUCUUUCAGUGAAACUGGCUAUUUGGGAAGUGACACUGGAUAAAUUUAUUGAGUCUAUUCAGUCUAUUCCAGAGGCUUUAAAAGCUGGCAAGAAAGUGAAACUGUCUCAUAAAGAAGUUAUGCAGAAAAUGGGUGAACUCUUUGCCCUAAGGCACCGUAUAAACUUGAGUUCAGACUUCCUGAUCACUCCUGAUUUCUACUGGGACAGGGAAAACUUGGAGGAACUUUAUGAUAAAACUUGUCAAUUCCUUAGCAUUACUCGAAGAGUUAAGCUACUGGCAGAACCAUCAAGCAUCACCAUCUAGUCAUUCAGUCAGAAAAUUAAAGUCAUCUGGGAGUCUUCUUUUUGCGUCACCCUCCACUUCUCAUCUGUCAGACCAUCUCUCCAUUCCUAACUAAGUAUCAGUCAUUCAUUGGGAGAUAUUUAUUGAAAGCCUAGGUGAUAAGCCCUGGACUAAUGAACAACAGAUAGGAUUGCCAUACCGACCCCAGCCUUGAGGUCCCCCCAUAGUUAACAUGCAUCCCUACUGUUGCUUGGCCUCCUCCCUCCCCUGGACUAGUCUAAGACCUUCUGCACCCUCGGUCCAGAAGGCAGAGACAUAUGGUCUCACUUGCCAUUCUGCCUUCUUUCCUGUAGAACAGUGAAUCUUAAAACAAGUAUUUCAGGAUUGGGGAAAAAAAAAAAAA